AGUCAGUCUUCCCGGGAAAACAGUCUACACGCGAGCUGCUGUUCAGUUCGGACGUAAAACAAUGGCGGAUUCAUCAGAAUCGUUUCACAUGGCCACUAGUCCCAGUCGCGGCUCCCGGCGGGGCGACCUGACCUCCAGCCCUGGCCGAGAUUUGCCCCCAUUUGAGGACGAGUCCGAGGGGCUGCUGGGUGAGAACGUUCCUGAAGAAGUGGAGGAUGGAGAUGGAGAGGAGCUGAUCGGCGAUGGGAUGGAGAGGGACUACCGUGCCAUCCCUGAACUGGACCGAUAUGAAGACGAGGGCUUGGAUGAGGAUGAAGAUCUCAGUGAGCUCUCUCCUGGCGCUCGCGCGGCCGCCGAAGAGGCCAUGAGACGGCGAGACAGAGAACAAGGCCUGGGACGCAUCGGACGUGGACUCCUCUACGACAGUGAAGAUGAAGACGAUGAACGGCCCACGAAGAGGCGUCGGCGUCUGGCGGAGAUGGCAGCUGAAGGCGUCAUGGCGGAAGGCGAGGAUGAAGAGAUGAUCGAAAGUAUCGAGAACCUGGAAGACAUGAAGGGUCACACAGUCAGAGAGUGGGUUUCCAUGGCGGCACCUCGACUGGAGAUCUACCACCGCUUCAAGAACUUCCUGCGGACACACGUGGACGAGCACGGACACAACGUCUUCAAAGAGCGCAUCAGCGACAUGUGCAAAGAAAAUAAGGAGAGUUUGUUGGUGAACUAUGAGGAGUUGGCGUCCAGGGAGCAUGUGUUGGCGUAUUUCCUGCCGGAGGCGCCUACGGAAAUGUUGAAGAUCUUUGACGAAGCGGCGAAGGAAGUCGUGCUGGCCAUGUACCCCAAAUACGACCGUAUUGCACAUGAAAUUCACGUUCGCAUCGGUAACCUGCCAUUGAUUGAGGAACUUCGAUCGCUCAGACAGCUUCACCUGAAUCAGUUGAUCCGCACCAGCGGCGUUGUGACCAGUUGUACGGGAGUUUUACCGCAGCUCGGUAUGGUCAAAUACAACUGUAACAAGUGUAACUUCAUCCUGGGUCCAUUCUUCCAGUCCCAAAACCAGGAAGUGAAGCCCGGCUCCUGUCCGGAGUGUCAGUCCCUCGGCCCAUUUGAGAUAAAUAUGGAACAGACUGUAUAUCAGAACUACCAGCGUAUCACCAUUCAGGAGAGUCCUGGGAAAGUCGCUGCGGGCCGCCUGCCUCGUUCCAAAGACGCCAUACUGCUGGCCGACUUAGUGGACACCUGCAAACCAGGAGACAAGAUUGAGCUGACGGGAAUCUACCACAACAACUAUGAUGGCUCUCUGAACAUGGCCAAUGGCUUCCCCGUCUUUGCUACUGUAAUCCUGGCCAAUCACAUUGCUCGUAAGGAUGAGGGUGUGGCCGUGGCAGAGCUCACAGACGAAGACGUCAAGGCCAUCGUAGCUCUGUCCAAAGACGAACGCAUCGGAGAAAGAAUUUUCGCCAGUAUUGGUCCUUCGAUCUAUGGGCAUGAAGAUAUUAAACGCGGUCUGGCGCUCGCUCUGUUCGGCGGCGAGCCCAAGAAUCCAGGUGGAAAGCACAAGGUGCGCGGCGAUAUUAACGUCCUCCUGUGCGGAGAUCCAGGCACAGCUAAAUCUCAGUUCCUGAAGUACGUGGAGAAGGUGGCGAGCCGUGCGGUCUUCUCCACGGGUCAGGGCGCUUCCGCUGUGGGUCUGACCGCUUAUGUGCAGCGUCACCCGGUGAGCCGCGAGUGGACGCUGGAGGCCGGAGCGCUGGUGCUGGCGGAUAGAGGCGUCUGUCUCAUCGAUGAGUUUGAUAAAAUGAACGAUCAGGACAGGACCAGCAUCCAUGAGGCCAUGGAGCAGCAGAGCAUCUCCAUAUCUAAAGCUGGUAUCGUCACAUCGCUGCAGGCGCGCUGCACUGUCAUCGCCGCCGCCAAUCCCAUCGGUGGGAGAUACGAUCCAUCGCUCACGUUCUCUGAAAAUGUGGACCUGACUGAGCCCAUCAUUUCUCGAUUUGAUGUUUUGUGCAUCGUAAGAGACACAGUCGAUCCUGUGCAGGACGAGAUGCUGGCUCGUUUCGUGGUGGGCAGCCACAUCAAACAUCACCCUAGCAACAAGGAAGGGGGUGUGGCCGGACUGGAAGAAGUGGUGCUGCCCAACACCUUUGAUGUCCCACCCAUUCCUCAAGAGCUGCUCAGGAAGUACAUCAUCUACGCCAAAGAGCGCGUGCGGCCCAAACUCAAUCAGAUGGACCAAGAUAAAGUGGCCCGAAUAUACAGCGAGCUUCGAAAAGAGUCCAUGGCUACAGGCAGUAUCCCAAUCACUGUGCGUCACAUAGAGUCGAUGAUCCGCAUGGCGGAGGCUCACGCUCGCAUGCACCUGCGGGAUUACGUGCUGGAGGACGACGUGAACAUGGCCAUCCGGGUGAUGCUGGAGAGCUUCAUCGACACGCAGAAGUUUAGUGUGAUGAGGAGCAUGAGGAAGACGUUUGCACGUUAUCUGGCCUUCAGACGGGACAACAACGAGCUGUUACUCUUUAUCCUGAAGCAGCUGGUUUCGGAACAGGUCGCGUAUCAGCGCAGUCGUUACGGAGCUCAACAGGACAACAUCGAGAUCGCAGAAAAAGACCUGGUGGACAAGGCCAGACAAAUCAACAUCCACAGCCUGUCCACGUUUUACGACAGCGAAGUGUUCCACUCGAACAAAUUCUCCCAUGACGCCAAGAAAAAGCUCAUUGUUCUGCAGUUCUAGGGAACUGUUCUGGAUUUGUUUGCAAACCAAAGGAGUUGUCCAGAAUCUCCAGGACUUGUAUAUAAUUGAUGUGGUUGUUGGAGCAGCCGGUUCGUAACAUGGAUUUAAUGGUUUUCAAAUAUUCAUUACCGUAUUCAUUACGGUUCUAGUGAACUAUUCUUAAUACAGGGUACAUUCAAGGUGCUUGAAUUUGGCUUUUUCGAAUUGAAGUCCUGGAAAACCCUUGAAAAUAGCCAUUUUUACCAAGAGGUGCUAAAAAAGUUCUUGAAUUAUAGAAAAUCUUAAAAUACGUUGCUUCAAUCAUGUAAUAAAUGAAAUGUAUUUAUUUUCGGAAAAACACGACGACAGACCACUAGACCACUGCUGAAGUGCAUAGACGGCUGUCACGUGACACCUGUUACUUUUGGCAGCGCUGUUCAGAAUGGGCCAAUCACAGUCAAGUAUUACUGGAGGAGUUUAAAAAUACGUUUUAUAGAUGCUGCUGUGGCGGAUUAAACAAGUAUGAAUCCUUGCAACUAUCAGUUUUAAUUACAAUUUACUCUCCAGAGUGAAAAAAUGAGAUGAGAUGUAAAACGUUCUGAGAUUUAAAGGCAGAUCAAUGGAAGAUUCAGUUCUGUGAGUCGUCUAGAGCCUCUUUGUGUCAAGACAGCUUUGUGUCUCACAGUAGGUUAUUUCUCACAACAUUUGUGUCAGUAUCUAAAUAUGUUGACAAACAUGUCCCUUGACAUUUUUUAGUCAUGAAAAAAGCUUUUAAAUAGCUAAAAAAGUAAAUGAUAUCAUUCUAUAACCUAACAUUUAAUAAUAUGAAAUGACUUGACUCUGUUUUGCACUUUUUUCAGAAAAUAUAUUUGAAAUUGUCAAUUGCCUGAAAAAAAAAAAAAAAAACUUGUCCCCUUCAUCUGGUACACCACUUCUAUGACAUGUAAAGUUAUUUAUGUGUUUAUUUUGUACUUAUUUUUAAUAUAAGCAUGUGUGCAAAAAAGCAAAACAAAAUUAAUAAUAAUUUUAAAAAGAUUGUUUGUCCCUUGAGUUCAUGGCAUUGGUGUUAUCAAAUGUUAAAACCUUUUUUUUUUUUUAUGUUUCAAAGUUCAGAGGCUGCUUAAAUAUGUAGUGAUCUUUCCCAGUAUGUUAAAAAGAUAUUAAUUCACAUUUUAACUAAUAUUUUCACACAAAAAUAUUUGGUGUUGUACCCCAAUGAACCCUCAAAAUGUGGUGUUGUACCCCAUUGAACCCUCAAAAGUUGGUGUUGUACCCCAUUGAACCCUCAAAAUGUGGUGUUGUACCCCAUUGAACCCUCAAAAGUUGGUGUUGUACCCCAUUGAACCCUCAAAAGUUGGUGUUGUACCCCAUUGAACACUCAAAAGUUGGUGUUGUACCCCAUUGAACCCUCAAAAGUUGGUGUUGUACACCAUUGAACCCUCAAAAGUUGGUGUUGUACCCCAAUGAACCCUCAAAAUGUGGUGUUGUACACCAUUGAACCCUCAAAAUGUGGUGGUGUACCCCACUGAACCCUCAAUGUGGUGUUGUACCCCAUUGAACCCUCAAAAUGUGGUGUUGUACCCCAUUGAACCCUCAAAAUGUGUUGUACCCCAUUUAACCCUCAAUAUGUGGUGUUGUACCCCAUUUAACCCUCAUUAGUGUUAAUUUGCUUCGUUCGUGUAACAAAAUUAAAUAAUCAAAGAAAGAACAACAGCCAAGUUGUCCUUUAUGAAUAAAAAUAAUGUCAGCAUGUUACAAAAUGUUUACCCUCAGUGUUUAUGGACAAAAACUGAACUGAAUGGAAAAUUUCAAUAUUUUGUAAGUUGGAAAGUCAAAAUGUUUUGAGAAUGUCCCAUUUGCAGUUUGGGUCAGUUCUUCACAUAAAUCUGUUGUGUGACUUUAGAAAACAUGGAACACAGUCACAUGAGUCAUAUGGACUACUGUUUACAGACCCAGUUAUUCACUAUUGUUGGAGAGCAAAGUGCGUUUUAAGGAAGCACCCUACAAGUGCACAUCAAUUUCAUCAUGAGUGAACCAAGAAUUGUUACUGAGAUAUGUAGUUAAAGAUGCUCAUUGAGAUAUGUUGUACUUGUAAUAAGUGGUGUUUUAUCAAAAUAAAUUAACUGUAUGGUUAAAAUAUUAUUUAAAAUUAACAAAAAUAAUUUGUUUUAAUGACAUCUCGAGUAUAGUCCUUGAAAACAAAUAAAAAUGUGCUUAAAGUCCUUGAAUUUAACUGAAGCAUCUGUACGAACCCUGUUAUUGGCAACUUAGUCAUGUGACAUGACGUUGUUUUUCAACCUUUGGUGUCUUAAAUGCAGAAGUACUCCGCAUUAAAUGAAAUAGUUGCUGUAAAAAAAGAUAAAUUGUGAUUUCUGUUUUUGUACUGUUUUUGUUUAGAGCAAUAAAAUAAAGCUAUGU